CACACCCCUUCUAUUUCCGUGAAAACGAAACAGCAACAACGCGCUUUAACUUUUGGUAACAUUGACUGGCAAGACGAAUUGGCUCGAGCACGUUGUUUACGUUGGGUGAGGGGCACGGCUGCUCAAUCUAAACGGGAAGCGAGCUAGAAUGAACACGCAUCCGCUUAAACGCCAGCUAGUUUGAACCGAUCGGAUCCUCACAAUGUCCGCGGUGGUUCGGAACACGGGGGGCUGGGUUUUGGAUGCACGCGCACUCAUUGAUCAGGGGUAUUCGCGUUGCAUCCGGCUGAGAGAUGAUAAUCAAAAGUCACACUUGAAGUGUCGUUUCAAAAGGCAAUGCUUUCAGAUGUUACAAAGCCAUUAUAGUGUGAGGCCCAGUGCUGCUGUGGAUGAAGGAAACACGGAUAUGUUGCAUAAAACAGACAAACCAUCAAAGAAAAGGAAACGAAGACCCAGUGAACUCAACCAGGGGGAAAUUGAUUCACAGGCCUUCCACGAGAAGAUCAGGUCUGUUGUCCUUGAGGGAACCAAGUCCCUGGUGGAUUCUGCCCGGUCUCUCGGAUAUCUCAACGGCGUGACCGACACAGUGGACGAGCCCCUUCCCUCUCAGGAGUGCAGCCUCGCUGCUCUUUGUGAAAUGGCUAAAGGGCUUCCUCUAGUGGACGACGAGGAGCGGGAGGAGCGUGUGCAGCUCCUUGUUGCUGAAGAUGGCCGUACGUCACACGUUGACUUGUUCUCCCGGGUAACGGAGAGCGAGUCGGACUGGGCUACAGUGGUCCCGCUGAUGGGAGAGGAGUAUGUCAUACCACCACACACAGCCUUCCUGCUGUCUGAUUUCACCAGAAUACAACCGCUGGUCCACUAUGGAAGAAGAUUUGACUUAAUAGUUAUGGAUCCACCGUGGGAAAACAAAUCUGUGAAAAGGAGCCGCAGGUACAGUUCUUUGCCCUCGUCCCAGCUGAAACGGCUCCCGAUCCCAACACUGGCAUCCCCAAACUGUUUAGUGGUCACCUGGGUCACCAACCGGCCCAGCCACCUGCGCUUUGUCCGGGAGGAGCUGUAUCCACACUGGGGGGUAGACGUUGUGGCCGAAUGGUUCUGGGUCAAGGUGACCACAUCUGGACGGUUUGUGUUUCCACUCGAUUCCCACCAUAAGAAGCCAUAUGAGGUGCUGGUGCUGGGCCGAUAUCGUUCCCCUGCACACGACGCCACAAGCUCUUCAGAGACAUCCGAGGUUCCCGUGGAGGACCAGCGUUUGAUUGUCAGCGUCCCAUCAGCUCUUCACUCCCAGAAGCCCUCGCUCUCAGAGGUGUUGAAGCCCCACGUCGGAGCUGGAGCCGAGUGCUUGGAGCUGUUUGCCCGAAGUCUUCAACCCGGAUGGACCAGCUGGGGCAACGAAGUGCUCAAAUUUCAGCACGUGAGCUAUUUCACUUUGACGCCGACAGAUGACGGAGCGGAUGGAGACGAAGACGAACCCGCGGUCACAACGGGGUUAAGCUCACCUGGAGGAUCCUCUCCUCGUGGCCGACCACCAACACCUGGCACAUGAGUGUUUCAGUGUGUUUUCAAUUAAGAUUCAAUGCCAGAAUACUUCUAUACCAGUUCCUUUUGAUCUGACUCCUCGUGCAUGUGGGACCUUUGAUUAUUUUUAGGGGCGGGGGGAGGGGGGGGUACAUUUUUACAGGAUUGAUGAUGCAUUUGAGGGAGAUGAAAGUGCAUUUCUGUGCAGCUAUGUUUUUAACUUCCCACACUGCAUUUAGAUGAACAACACUCAGGGUUUUUUUUUUUUUUUGGGAGUAAUCUUUGGCGCAAUGUGCGUCUUAAGGAUGAUCAAAGUAUUUCUAUUUUUACUCAUUUCGUGCUCUUUUGAACUGAAUUUCAAAAUGUCUCCCGUUCCGAAUGAAAGAGACUGUUUCAUAUCGAACGCAACGCUGUCCUUCUACAGAACUUUUUUUGUAUUAAAGUUUUUUCGCUCGAAGCGCAACGCUGCUGCGUCACGUUAA